AUGUCUCUCUUCGUUCUCGCCGAAACGCCGGCAGGCUACGGUCUGUUCAAGGCUGCCGACAAGAAGCUUCUCAAGCGCGAUGAGCUCACCACUGGGCCGACCUCUUCGGAGCAGAUCAACGAGAUGCUCAAGUUGAAGACUUUCGUCAAGUUCGAUAGCUCCGCCGUCGCCGUCGAGGAAGCUGCCGGUCUCAAGGAGGGUCGUGUCCCGCCAAUGCUCGCCAACCUGCUCAAGGAGAUCAAGGACGAGAAGAAGGCUACCCUCGCCGUUGCCGACCUCAAGCUCGGUACUGCCAUUGGCAAGCUCCCCGACUUGGAUAUCAAGGCUGUCUCAGAUGCCGCCUCCCAGGACCUGUUCCGUGCCGUUCGCGAGAACCUUUCUUCCCUGAUUCCUGGCCUCACCACCGAGACCAUGGACCGCAUGGCCCUUGGUCUGUCGCACUCGAUUUCGCGACACAAGCUCAAGUUCUCCGCCGACAAGGUCGACGCCAUGGUUGUUCAGGCCAUUAAGCUGGUGGACGAUCUCGACAAGGAGCUCAACGUUUACGCCAUGCGCACCAAGGAAUGGUACGGCUGGCACUUCCCCGAGCUUGCCAAGAUCCUCAACGACAACCUGGUGUACGCCCGUCUCGUCGUUGCCGUUGGCAUGCGUCAGGACUUUGCCGAGUCCGACCUCUCCGACAUUCUCCCCGAGGAGCUUGAGGGCCCUGUCAAGACUGCCGCAGAGAUUUCCAUGGGAACUGAGAUGACCCCUGAAGAUUUGGAGAACAUCCAACUGUUGGCCCAGCAGGUCAUCACCUACUCCGAGUACCGCACUUCCCUCUCCACCUACCUGGAGUCCCGCAUGCGUGCCCUCGCCCCCAACCUGACUGCUCUUGUUGGUUACCUCGUCGGUGCCCGCCUGAUCGCCCACGCUGGCUCCCUCAUCUCCCUCGCCAAGGCUCCCUCCUCCACCAUCCAGAUCUACGGUGCCGAGAAGGCGCUCUUCCGCGCUCUCAAGACCAAGCACGACACACCCAAGUACGGUAUCAUCUACCACUCCUCCCUCGUUGGCCAGGCCACUGGCAAGAACAAGGGCAAGAUCGCCCGUUCCCUCGCCGCCAAGACUGCCCUUGGUCUGCGUGUCGACGCUCUCGGCGACACCGAGAACCAGGACGAUGAGGAGGAGCGCAGCAUCCUCGGCCUCACCAGCCGCAUCAAGCUUGAGAACCUCCUCCGCAAGCUGGAGGGCAAGCCCCUCCUCCCUAAGGGUGUUGGUGUCGGCCCUGACGGUCAGCUCACCGCUCCCGGUGGCUUCAGCCUGAAGGAUUCUCGCAAGUACAACGCCGACGCCGACGGUGUUGAGACCGAGGUCAACGGCAAGUCCAAGAAGCUUAUCCAAGUCGUCGACGAGGAGAUGAAGGACGCCGACAGCGAAGACGAGGACGCCGAGAUGAACGACGCCAGCGAAGAAGAGAAGAAGAGCAAAAAGGACAAGAAGAAGGAGAAGAAGCGCGUUUCCAUCGCCGCGGCCGAGACUCCCGUCAAGGCAAGCAAGGCUGUCAAGGGCACACCGGCGAAGCUGAGCGAAAAGGACUACGAGCGUUUCGCCGAGGCCGCUGGCAUCAGCGUGUCCAAGUUCAAGCGCAAGUUCGAGCGCGGUGACGUCCAGCUUGGCGAAGACGGCACACCCGUCGUCUUCAGCAAGAAGGAGCUGAAGAAGCUCAAGAAGGCCGAGGACGAGGCCGAUGAGACGCCCGUCAAGGCAACCGACAGCACCAAGAAGAAGCGCAAGCACGAAGAUGAUGAGACGCCCAAGAAGGAGAAGAAGCUGAAGAAGAAGCGCAGCUCCCUUGGUGCUUAG